AUGGAUACUCAAAAUCAAGAAGUUAUUUGCGUUAAGUGUAAUCCUUUGGGAGAUCUAGGUCUCUGUGAAAAAUGUGAUGCACAAAGUAAAGAAGAAAGAUAUUAUGAAACAACUACCCGAGGACAAAAUCGAAAAAAAUUUCAUUUUGCCACACUAGUCUCAAAUAAUGAAGCUGAAUUAGUCACAAGACUUUUAACGAAUGGAGUAUUAUUAUCAUUUGAAAAUUAUAUUGAUUAUAGUGGACAAACACCAAUGCAUUGA